CUUAAAUCCACCAGACUGUUCCGCAACUCAGGCUAGUUAUGUCUAUAUGUGCUAUUGGCUGCGAGAAGUCAACAUCUUUUUCAAUUAUUUUCUUAGAGCGAUUCUAUGACCAUGUUCUCGGCAUUCAAAGUGGAAAAAUAAAGAAUGCUGCCAUGACUGCCUCCUCACAGUGGGACAAAUUCCACGCUCCAUUCCGUGCCCGACUGCACAUGCCACGGCAAGGUCGCUACAUUGGCUCAUGGUCUGCGCGCCACAACAACCAUAACCAGUGGCUGAAGAUCUUCUUAGGAAGGACAUAUAGGGUCACAGGUAUUGCAACACAAGGACGGCACGAUGCAGACCAAUGGGUGACGGCUUAUUAUGUUUACUACAGUCAAGAUGGAGUGCACAUGUCCAGAGUCACAUAUUGGUGGGACCACAUACGGACUUUCAAAGGAAAUUACGAUCGAAAUGGUGUUCAGACUCAUCCAUUUAACCCUCCCUUCCCAGCACGAUUUGUAUUAAUAGUCCCACGUGGCUGGCACCGACAUAUCUCUAUGAGAGUUGAGCUGUUUGGUGGGCUAUGGAGUAAGUAAAAUUAUUAUACCUCCUAGUUAUUACGCGCGCUGUGAUUGGUCAGUUUAAAGGGCCAUAUAUAGUCAACUGUACGGCCUCCUAAAAUCUGAAUUUGUUCCUGAACUCGUCAAAUACACAUCGCGAUACUAGUAAUAAAUAUCUUACUAACCUCAUCUUCUCUCGGUCUGCGCUGGAAGGAAGUUGCGGAUCCUUGUUUAUUUUUUCUCCUCGGUAUGUAAUUUUUUUAGACAAGACCUUAAAGACGCUCCGUCGCGGUUUGCAUAUCAUGAACAUUUUACCCUAAAUUUUCAUCAUUUG